CCGAUCGCGCCGUCCCUGUCAAUGGGAUCAUAUCACGAAAUGUAUUGAACUAUUUCAAAUAGAAAACUUAAAUGAAGACGAUUUGUUUAAUGAAUUUACUGAUAUUCAAGUAAUAUUCAAGUCUAUUCAAGAAAAAAAUAUUUCAUUAUACAAACAAGUUCAAACAUAUAUUGAUCAUAAAAUAAUCAAUCAGCAGCAGCUAUAACAAAAACCUCAUCAAUUAUACAAAUUGAAGAAGAACAAGAACAUAACAAUAGUGAUGAUUGUGAUGAUCCAGAAGAAAGCGUUUCAACAGAAAGAAUUAGCCCAGAUCAAUUAUGGGCGAUGAUUUUAUCAGUUAAGCCGACACUUUCUCCUAAUUUACAUCAAUUCAUUUGCUUUUUAUUCUCAAUUCCCUGCAGUAAUGCAUACGUUGAAAGUGUUUUUUCAAUUAUGAAACACUUAUAUGAUGAUAAACGAAAUCGUAUGUCAACAGAACUUAUUCAAGCCGAAUUACAAAUUCGACUGAACUCUUGA